AUGGCCGUCUAUGCCCUGACUGGCUUCUCCCUGGCCAGCCUGCUGAGCUUCGGCUACUUAUCCUGGGACUGGGUGAAGCCCGGUCUGGUGACCGAGGUUUCGGGGGACCCGGCGGGGAAGCCUCGCCUCCCGCCUGCCUUCUCCGGGCCUCCUCACGUCGUUUUCAUUCUGACGGACGACCAGGGCUAUCACGAUGUGGGCUACCACGGCUCGGACAUCCAGACUCCGACGCUGGACAGGUUGGCUGCCGAAGGGGUUAAGCUGGAGAAUUACUACAUCCAGCCCAUCUGCACGCCCUCCAGGAGCCAGCUUAUCACGGGAAGGUACCAGAUCCAUACAGGUCUUCAGCACUCAAUCAUUCGUCCCCGACAGCCAAAUUGCUUGCCUCUGAACCAGGUCACUCUCCCACAGAAGCUGAAGGAAGCCGGCUACUCUACCCACAUGGUUGGCAAAUGGCACUUAGGCUUUUAUCGAAAAGAAUGCCUGCCAACCCGCAAGGGCUUUGAUACCUUCCUGGGCUCUCUGACAGGAAACGUGGAUUAUUAUACAUACGAUAACUGUGACGGGCCGGGAAUAUGUGGGUAUGACCUUCACGAUGGGGAAAAUGUAGCCUGGGAACAAAGUGGCAAGUAUUCCACCUUCCUUUAUACCCAGCGAGUCAGAAAAAUUUUGGCAACCCACAACCCCAAGGAGCCCCUCUUCAUCUACAUAGCAUUCCAGGCGGUGCACACUCCUUUGCAGUCCCCAAAGGAAUACAUCUAUCGCUAUCGCUCCAUGGGAAACGUUGCCCGCCGCAAAUAUGCUGCCAUGGUCACAUGCAUGGAUGAAGCUGUGAAGAAUAUCACCUGGGCCCUGAAGAAAUACGGUUACUAUGAGAAUAGUGUUAUUGUCUUCUCUACAGAUAAUGGAGGGCAGACGUUCUCUGGGGGAAGCAACUGGCCGUUGCGAGGCCGCAAAGGAACAUAUUGGGAGGGAGGAGUGCGUGGCAUUGGAUUUGUCCACAGUCCACUGAUUAAACGCAAGCGAAGGACCAGCAGGGCACUCAUUCACAUAACUGACUGGUACCCAACCUUAGUGACUUUGGCUGGGGGCAACGUGUCUGAAGCAGAUGGCUUGGAUGGCUAUAAUGUGUGGCCAGCUAUCAGCGAAGGCAAAGAGUCACCACGGAGUGAAAUCCUGCACAACAUCGAUCCUCUGUACAAUCAUGCCAAAUAUGGCUCUUUAGAGAAUGGGUUUGGCAUCUGGAACACAGCAGUACAGGCCUCUUUAAGGGUGGGAGACUGGAAACUUCUUACCGGAGACCCUGGUUACAGUGACUGGAUCCCGCCACAGACUCUGACCAACUUCCCAGGGAGUUGGUGGAACUUAGAGCGCCUGACAGACGGGAUGCGUCAGUCCGUCUGGCUUUUCAACAUCACAGCCGAUCCGUACGAGCGCUAUGAUCUGUCAGACCAGCGUCCCGAAGUAGUCAGGGCUCUGCUUCUUAGGCUGGUCAAUUACAACCAAACGGCCAUCCCUGUCAGAUACCCUGCGGAAAACCCACGCGCUCACCCUGACUUCAAUGGUGGUGCCUGGGGACCUUGGGCCACAGAAGAGGAUGAAAGGUGGGAAGGAAGGCAUGGAAAAACAAAGAACAAAAAACGGAAAAAGAAGUGCAAGAUCUGUAAGCUACGCUCCUUUUUCAAAAAGUUGAACACCAGACUUAUGUCAAACCGCAUCUGA